AUGAGCCCUGAUCGGUCCCCCGAGGACAGCCCAGAGGGAGACACGGGGCGGACGGAGUGCAAGUCCGCGGUCAAAGAUGCCUUCAAGGACAUUUCCAUAUACUUCACCAAGGAAGAAUGGGCAGAGAUGGGAGACUGGGAGAAAAUCCGCUAUAGGAAUGUGAAAAGGAACUAUAAUACGCUGAUUGCUAUAGGUCUCAGAGCCCCUCGACCAGCUUUCAUGUGUCACCGAAAGCGGGCCAUCAAACCUUUGGUGGAUGACACUGAGGAUUCUGAUGAAGAAUGGACACCUAGGCAGCAAGUCAAACCUCCCUGGAUGGCCUUCAGAGUGGAACAGAAUAAACACCAGAAGGGAAUGCCCAGGGCGCCAUUAAGUAUCGUAUCUAGCUUGAAGGAAUUGUCAGAAAUGGCAAAUUUACUGAAUACAAGUGACUCAGAGCAGGCCUGGAAACCAGUGUCCCCUCUCAGAGAAGCAAGCACUUCUGAACAGCACUCUAGAAGAAAAUUGGAAUUCAGAAAAAAGGAGAUUGAAGUGAACAUGUACAGCCUGCGAGAAAGAAAAGAUUGUGCCUACAAAGAGGUCAACGAGCCACAGGAUGAUGACUACCUCUAUUGUGAGCAGUGUCAGAACUUCUUCAUUGACAGCUGUGCUACUCAUGGGAUCCCUACUUUUAUAAAUGACAGUGCAGUGGACAAGGGGCAUCCCAAUCGUUCAGCCCUCAGUCUGCCCCCCGGACUGAGAAUUGGACCAUCAGGCAUCCCUCAGGCUGGGCUUGGAGUGUGGAACGAGGCAUCUGAGCUGCCACUGGGUCUGCACUUUGGCCCCUACGAGGGCCAGAUCACAGACGAUGAAGAGGCAGCCAACAGUGGAUACUCCUGGCUGAUCACCAAGGGGAGAAACUGCUAUGAGUAUGUGGAUGGAAAGGAUAAAUCUUGGGCUAACUGGAUGAGGUAUGUGAACUGUGCCCGGGAUGACGAGGAGCAGAACCUGGUGGCCUUCCAAUACCACAGACAGAUCUUCUAUCGGACCUGCCGGAUUAUCAGGCCGGGCUGUGAACUGCUGGUCUGGUAUGGGGAUGAGUACGGCCAGGAACUAGGCAUCAAGUGGGGCAGCAAGUGGAAGAAAGAGCUCAUGGCAGGGAGAGAACCAAAGCCAAAGAUCCACCCAUGUUCCUCAUGCUCUCUGGCCCUCUCAAGUCAGAAAUUCCUCAGUCAACAUGUGAAAUGCAAUCAUCCACCUCAGAUCUUCCCAGGAACAUCUGCAAGAAAAUACGUCCAACCAGAGAAUCCCUGUCCAGAGGAUCUGAAUCAGGAGCAGCAACAGUCUGAUCCACACAGCUGGAAUGACAAAUCUAAAUGUCAGGAGGCCAAAGAAAGGUCCAAACCCAUGCAUAAAAGGACACAGCAGAGGGAGAGUUCAAGGUCCUUGUCCAACCCACCCACAGAACAAACAGAGAGCUCCAGAGAAAAGGAAAGAAUGAUGAAGGAAGAGCCCAGCACAAGCCAGAAAGUGCAUCUAGGGGACACAGGCAAAUUAUACGUGGGGGUAGGAAUCUCAAGAAUUGCAAGGGUCAAGUAUGGAGAGUGUGAUCAAGGCCUCAGUGAUGAGUCAAAUGUCAUCACACACCAGAGAACACACACAGGGGAGAAGCCCUUUGUCAGCAGGGAGUGUGGGCGAGGCUUUACCCUUCAGUCAAACCUCCCCACACACCAGAGGACACACACGGGGGAGAAGCCCUUUGUCUGCAGGGAGUGCAGGCAGAGCUUUAUCGGAAUAUCACACCUCCUCAGAAACCAGAGGACACACACAGGAGGGAAGUCCUAUGUCUGCACGGAGUAUGGACGGAGCUUUAGCCUUAAGUCAAACCUGCCCAGACACCAGAGGACACACCAGGGAAAGCCCCAUGUCUGCAGGGAGUGUGGGUGGAGCUUCAGCCACAAGUCAAAACUCCUCAGACACCAGAGGACACACACGGGGGAGAAGCCCCACGUCUGCAGAGAGUGUGGACGGAGCUUUAGCCAGAAGUCACAUCUCCUCAGACACCAGAGGACACACACGGGGGAGAAGCCCCAUGUCUGCAGAGAGUGUGGGCGGAGCUUUAGCCUCAACUCAAAUCUCCUCAGACACCAGAGGACACACACGGUUGAGAAGCUCUAUGAUCGCCAAGAGGACGAGUAAGUCAAUAGUAAUAAAUCCCAUCUCGACAGCCACAGGAGGACAAAUGUAGCCAUCACAUACUUUCACACACCCUUUGGAGGGUGCUUCAAAGGAAGUGUAUUGACUCCAAGAGUGUAA